UUAUUUACACGUACUUUUCUCGUAGUUUCUCCAGUGCUUAGUUAGUACAAACUUGUAAAGUACGUUUGUUAAUAACAUGUUGAUAGCAAUUUCAAAUUCGUUACAAAUUGAGCGCAGUAUUUCAAGACGCGAUACAUACAAUUAUUAAACACACCUUAAAUGACGACACGCUAGGAACUCUCGAGGUUUAUUAGCCUAUCAAAUGUAAUUUUGAACUCUAACGCCUCGGAUUAAUAUUCCUAAAAAAUCAGGCAUCCAACUCGAAGACUUCCAUGUCCGACGUACCGAAGGAAAGAUCUAUUUCAUUAUAAACACAAUUGUCUGCUAAAUAUCUUCAUUAUUUUAUUGAAAAAUUAGAGCUUACUACACAAGCUGAACAGUGUUAAGUUUUAUCGGAAUCAUAUUCGAUAUCCUAUAUAAUUAAAAUAAUGGCUGUAUCUUCGGAAGAUGUAAUGAGUCAAAGUCUCGAUGAUCCUGUGACCAAAGCGGUAGUAGAUAAUAUAAUGGGUAAUUUACCUACAAAGAAACCUUUUGUUCGUUGCAACGAUUGUGAUCUCUCAUUUACAAGUCAAACAGUAUUAGAUACACAUUUACAAGGUGCUCGUCAUGCAAAACAGAUUAGAUCCAAAAACAUAAUGGCAUCACUUGAAGAAACAAAAAUAGCAUUUACAAAAGAUGAAGAAACAAAUGGACUGAAAUGCAAUGUGUGUAAUGUGUGUCUAAAUUCUAUACAACAGCUUCAGACACAUUUAAAUGGAACCCGGCAUAAAAAGAAAGCCAUGAGAGGUGGGUGGGGUGGCAAAGAAGUUGGCAGUUCAAUGACGUCAACUCCCAUGAAUGUCCAGGAGAACUCUACAUCUAAGGGUGUAUCGCUUUCAUGCAACAUGUGCAACAAGAUCUUCAAUUCCCCAGCACAAUAUAAUGUGAAAGUACCAAUGCCCCGGGUAAUUGGCUGCCCCUAAACCGGCCCUGGAGAGAGCAGGAUGGAAAGAGAGAGCCGUACAACAAAGAUGGCGGUCGAGAGGCGUCGGUGGUGGAGGCACGAGGUAGGAGGUAGAGGACGAAGAAGCGACAGAGUAGGAAGAGAAGCGCAGAAAAGAGGACGGGACGACGGGGUGCUGAGUAGUGAUGGGAACAAUACCGAAUCAAUACUAUCGAUACCAUAACGACAUUGGUCAGUCCUUGUGUUUAAAACAAAUAAUAUGUUUACAAGCUGAAUCAAGCUUCUGCUAUAAAUAUUAAUUUUGUGCCUUUAUAUUCGAUCAUUUAUAACCUUAGGUUAAAUCCAAAUACUUAUUCGCCAUUUUGUUACGUUAAAGUACCAAUUUUCUCGAUUUUAUCUCCACUACAAUGAAUUUAUAUGAAACUUGCAUAAUCUAAGUAUUAACCUGAUAACACAACUUAUGAACAUGUAUAAAAUUUUACUUAUUAUUCUUCUUCUAACAGAUUACAAAUGUACUUGAUAAUUAUAAUAAUUGUAGAAGAAAAACAAUAAGAAAAAUUUUGUGGUUACUAAAAUUCGUAUAGAUGCAUUGUAAUGGCUACCAAGUUGAUACUUAGGUUAUGUGAAUAGAGACAUUGAAUAGAAGGUUGGAACUUUAAUCUUUAAUGCAUCAAAAUGACGAGUAAGUAAAUCUGUUUAAAUUAAAGUUAUAAGUGAAUAUAAAGGCACAAAAUUAAUUUCUACACCGAAUAAAUAUUUGAAUAUUUUAUAUUUCUAUUAAAUCUAAAUUUAUCUUGU